AUGACCGCUCCGCUGCCCCUCCUCGCCGUCAUCCUCCAUGCCUGCGCCGCCGCCGAGGCGCUGGUCUUCGACGUGCCGUCAGGAAGCUCCAAGUGCCUGACCGAGGACCUUCGCCGCGACGUGCUCUCCCACACCUCGUACCGCGUGGCGGCAGGGUCCACGUCAAUGGCUGACCCGAGGAUCUCGGUGCGCGUCACAGGGGAGUUCAGGUUCCAGGCGGCGGAGGACGGCGAGCACACCGCCUGCUUCUGGACGCCCCGCUACGAGCGCGGCAUCGUCGACUCCGUCGACGUGCAGUGGGACACCGCCGGGGGCUCCGGGUCACGGCCCGCCGUCGCGGUCUCCAACAACCAAGGCCCCAUCGCUGCAUGA